CAUUUUCUUUUGAUUACCUCCCUUGACCUGGACAGAAAACAUAAAAUUGAAAAUUGAGGGAAAUGACAACUACUGGCAACUCUGUCUUGUCUAGACUACAGUUAGCCUAUUCCAGACCUUUACUACAGAGAUGCAAUGAGAUAGAGAACAUUAUACAUUCAGCUGGAACACAGGAAUUAAAGAAUGCCUUGCCAUCAAUAUUAUCCAAUAUAUUUGGUUUUGGAUCAGAAGUGGGUUGGCAGCUACACUCCAUUAGUCGAGGAUACAAUCUGCAAGAGUUUGAAUGUGCCAGGAGAUUCCUUGGGUCAGAAGGUCCAUUGCUGAGUCUUGUAUAUAAUCUUCAAACAGAUGUCACUCUGAUGUAUGAAUUUCCUCUACAUCAUAUACCAGGACCGUCAAGACAGAUUAUAGAAGAAGGAAACAUACCAUACUUCUACAUCAAUAAGUUACAAACACAGGGAUAUGGAUCACAUCUUAUACUCCUUUCAGCAUUUGAAUAUUACAUGUUCCAUUUUGCCCAUUGUUUGUUGAACUGGCAGAACUUAUCUUGGAACAACCUAACAGACAACUUGUUUCCAUGUUUAUUAGAUGAUUAUCUCAACUACUUCUUGCCACUCAAUAAAUCUACACUGCCACCUGUGCCACAUCAACAGUCACCAAUAAGAAGCCCUGUGAUACAUUCAAAGAUGUGCAGUCCUGGAGGAAAAACCAACACAAGUCCAAGAACAUUUGGUUUAUUAAAGGCUAGUUUUAUAGCAUCACAGAAACAGCAUUCCCAGAAUUCAUCAGUUUUGGGUCAGAGUGAGGCUGAAGUAUGGAGGUCAGAAACAUUACUACAGAUAUUUAUAGAGUUUUGGUUGAAUCAGAAUGCCAUAGACAGUGACAAAAGUAUGAUCAGUCCUACACACAUGGUUAAGAAGAAAGGUUAUAUGAGCCAUCAGCAUAUAUUUAGUCAUUUCACUGAACACUUCAUGCCAAGUUUGGAGCAUGUCAGACUUGUACGGAUGAUGAUAAAACAUGUCCACCAUUUUGUGAACACAGCAUCACAUGAUAUCAUCCCUUCACCGUACCAAUCACACCCCAUGUCUCCAUUGGAUGAGUUUAAAAGGUCAAUUAUACCAAAUAUGUUACAGAAAAACAUGUAUGCCUUUCUUAGACACAGUUUUGACAGAUGGCCUCUAGACAACUCAUUUAGAAUGGUUCUAGAGACUUGGUUAACCUACAUACAGCCUUGGAGAUACACAAGUAGAUUACCAUCAACACGUAGAGACAGUGAAGGAGAUACAAAACUAGUGGAAGAAAAAUGGUUUACAUUCAUAGAAGACAACCUUUUGUUUUACUCUGUUCUCCUGCAAGAAUUCUUCAACAGAGUGAAAAGAAUGGAUUUGAUGAACCUAGCAAACAGUCACAUGUUGUAUAGAGUGGCCAAAGUUUUCAGGCUAGAAAAUUUAGACAGUAUGUUAAGACAAGCUGAACAGGAGAUGUGUACAUCUAUAUAUAGAUCCUCUGGUCACAUGACACGUGACCUUGGAGGGAGUUACCUGUCACCUGAGUCUAGUCUUAUGUUCCACUCACAGAUCUCAGACUUAGAAAAGCCAGGAUUUCAGUAUACUCUCAUGUUUGGAGAGAAAACUCUUUAUUCAGUAAAACAAGUAUUACAACAGUUACAACAAGUUAAAACACAGAUCCAGUACCAGCAGGGCAGUAAACCAGUCAGAUCUGGUCUGGCAGGAUUUUUUUCUGGUUUGUUUGAAGAUAAUUCUGUUGCUGUUGGUGAUCUCACUCCAAAUGAUGUCAAGAAACUACAUAAAUUCCUUGAUGAGUGUAUAAAGAAUCUCUGCUUUAUCUAUGAUUUACCAGAGACAAAGUAUUCUAUCAGUACAAACAACACACAAGAUAAUAGUUACCAUGGAAACUUAUCAUAUAACACAGAUUUAGAUGACACUUGUCCAGAUAUAACAGAAACAUGUAAUGGAGUAUCGUUAACAGAUAUUGGUAGAUAUCAGGUUAUAAACAAAAUGAAAAGAUUUGAAGUGAUGUACUCUGGUGACCCUGAUCUUCAGCCAAUCAGAAGCUUUGAAAAUGCUACAACAGUUAGACUGCUUCAUCAGUUUUGUUCUUAUAUUAAUACACAGUUUUCAAAUGAGAUCCAAACAUUGUAUGAAAGAAGAGAUUUGAUUGGCAGAUUAGCUCAAGUGUAUUUUGCACCUGCCAUACCAAGAGAUAAAAAACCAAGUUCUCCAAUAUCUGGCAAAAAUUUAGAUGAACUACGAAGACCAAAACUGAGAUUAAGAUUUUUAGCAAGUUAUUCAACAAUGUUAUAUUUAGCUAUAUUGUUUGUGUUUUUAAAUGUGUGGAUAGGUGUUGGACCCUUACAGUAUGUAUUAUUGUUACUUGGCUGUACAUUGUUCUUUGGCUUUUUACGGGCUUUAGUUACAUCUUCAUAACACAAGACAUUUUAUGUACAAUAAUUCUGGCUACAGCUUCUAAUUAUAUUUCAAUACUGUAAAUUUAGAAAUUAUUUCAUGCAUUUCUUACUACAAUUUUGUCAUUGUAGACUAAAAAGCGUUUUUAAUAUUUGCAAUAUUGAGAAAAAAUACUAGUUAAUUCAUUAGAAAAAAUCAAAAUGCAAAAUGUGAUUAUUGCAUUUUUCGCAAUAAUAGCAAUUUAGCAAUAAUUUCUGAAUUUACAGUAUAAGAUUUCCUAUUAUCAGAUGAUUAAACUUGGUCAAAAUACCACUCCCAUGAAUACCAUUUUGUUACUGUUAAUUCUGAAAAAAAUGUGAAUUUAGGGAGAAUAUCAGUUAUAAGGAAAUGCAUUCUGACAUUUGAUAGAUAUAUCUGUGUGCUGAUUCUUCUUCCGCAAAAUUCUUCAAAAUCUAAAAUCAAAUACAUGCAAUUAUUUCUUAAUUAACAGUAUUAACAUGUUUAAAAGCAAAUUUAUACUUUCAUUUGUGUCUUUUUCUUGAGAAAGGAAACUUUGAUCUUUUGAAGGUUGAUAUAUGAAUGUGGGUAAUCUUCAGAUUUGUAAUACUUUAACAAGGGCUUUAAUUGUUCAAAUGUGCUUGAAGGAACAUAAGAAUUAUCUUCAUUAUUUCUGUAAGCACAAUGAAUACUGUUGCUAUAUGGAAUGUAUAUUUUUGUAUGGAAUGAAAUGACUUGUUAAUAUGAUUUUGUAUAACACCAUUUGCAAUAGAAUGGUCAUUGUUAAAUAUAGAUAUCAAAUAUCAAUUUUAUGUAAAUAAAAUAGAGUUGUUGUAAUAGAAAUCAUAAUGGAUUUGUCCUGUUAAAGAAAUCAAAUAACAUUUUCAUGAAUUUUAUGUUUGAAUGAUUUGAACGAAUUGAAUGAAUUUAAUUAAUGAAUUUAAAAACUCACAUUUUAUAUUUAUAUAACAUGUUUAUCAUAUUUAUAUGUAUUAUAAUUGUAAACUUAGAAAAUCUUGCCAUGUUUGUAUUAUUGCAAAAAUAGUUUAGGGUAGCUUUCACCAAAAUAAAAACUCACAUUUUUAAGCCUUAUUUGUUUUGCAAGAUUACCUUAAAUUGUUAUUGCUAAUCUCCUGUUUUUUCCCAUAGUUAUAAAUUCUUAAAGAAUUUUUGGCAUAUCAUCUACAUUAAAACAAAAUAUGAGGCACUUCCUCAAAAACAAGACCAUUCAUUUCUUUCAUAUUUUAAUUUCUGUAGAAAGUGAACUUAUUUAAUAAUACACACAAUUAUAUAUGUACAUGUAUGUGUAAAUGGUGGUUACAAGUUAUAUUUUAUUAAGAAAUGCAAUAUAAUUGUUAUGUUAUAAUAUAAGCAAAAUAGUGUUGUUUCUGAUCCCAUGGUGCUAUAAAAAAAAUACCAUGUAAAUUCUGUAAAAUUGAAAUGGACUUUUAUACCUUUUCACAACUAGUUAAAUGAAAUAUAAAUAAUUUGGGAAAGAACAUUUAUAAUUUAUAUCAAAUUCUUUAGUUGAAGACUUUGAAAAUAUAUCCUAGUGAAUAUUCUGGUAUUAAAAAUCAUUGGCACACUAUUAAUACAGAAAUUAAUUUGACAACUUUCUGUUUGUUUGUGGGAAGUUAGUGUCAAAAUUUAGGAUUUUCGGGCAAAAUGCUAUAAAGAAAAAGUAUGUAAAGGUAAAACCUCCAUAAACUUUGUCAAGUUGUAUGUAUUACAAGGAUACUUAUUGAUGAUUUUAAAUCUUAAUUUUAAAUGUCUGGUCAUUUUGUUGUCAAAAAGCUGCUUACAUUACCUUGUUUUAAUACAAUUAUUGUUGUCAAAUAUUGAAAUGCACUAUUUAUAUUUAAUACAGGUGAAAUGAAUAUACAUAUCUGAAUUGUCAUGACAACACAAAAUAAAUGCUUAGUUUCUCAAA